AUGAGGUUUGCUUCGAUUUUCACUUUGGCGACCUCCUUGACCGCCUCGCUCGUGUCAGCAGCACCAGCAUCCGGCUCUGCCAUCAACAUCAUGAAGAGAAGCGAAAGUGGUGCUUCCAUUAUUGACUUUGAAUAUGUCGCUAAGACCAUGCGUGAUCUCAAUGAGAGAAGCGCAGCCGGUAACAUUAAUGAAGUUCAAAAGCGUGAUGACGAUGACUUCAUUGACCAGUUGUUGGUCCAGCUCAAAAACUCUAACUUGCUCAAUGAGUUUGUUAACCAGUUCUCCAACUCUCCUCGUUUGAAGGAUGCUGUCCAGGACGGUGUCGCCCAGGCCAUUCAGGAUGGUUCCGUCGAGGAUGUUACCGUCUUCAAGUCGUUGAGAGGCAGCGGUAAAUUGCAGCAGUUCUUUGAGGCUGUUCUUCACGACGAAGACUUGAACGUUGACCUUUCCAAUGACGCUAAGAGCAUCUUGUCUGAGGUUGAGAAGGACGGUGAUGAGGGCCGUAAGAGAGCCUUGGAAAGAUCUCAGCCAUUCAUCAAGAGAUUGUAUGAGGAGCUUCCAGAUGAGUUCGAGAAGAGAGAAUUCCAUCCAGAUAUGUUGGAGGAAUACGGCAUGGAGAAGAGAGCUCUUGUUGAUGCUAUCGGCUCUAUUGUGGAACUGAUCUUCGACUCUGGUAUUGUUCUGAAAAUUAUUCGUUCUAUCCUUGGCAACAGUAGCUUUGUCCAAGGUGCUUUGAACUUGCUUACCAACGUUUUCAAGGCUAUUCCAUGGGGUAACUUGUUUAACGCUAUCAAGAACAGUGGCCUCAUUCAGAGAAUUUUCCGUUGGGGUUUCAACUUCAUUGUCAGUUUGUUCAGCAACGGUACCGUUGGCAGAAUUCUCGGCACUCUCUUUGGCUCUGGUAACCUGGACAAGCCAUUCAUCAGUCGCUUGUUAGCUGUGUUGGUUGACGUUGGAGGAGAGCUCUUCAAGAGUCUCGGUAACUCCAAGGGUCUUCUUGGUGAGAUUGUCAAGACCAUCUUCGGUGGUCUCUUCGGUGGUGCCAUUGGCUCUGGAUCUUCUGGUUCCAACUCUGGAUCUUCUGGAUCUGGUGGCUCAUGGCUCGACAACCUCUUUGGUGGUUCUGGAUCUUCUGGUUCUUCUGGAUCUUCUGGCUCCUCUGGUUCUGGUUCUGACGUUUCCUCUGGUUCUGGUUCCGGCGGAUCAAGCUCUGGCGGAUUCUUUGACUCUAUCUUUGAUGACAUUUUCGGUGGCUCUGGAAGCUCUGGAAGCUCUGGAUCUGGCUCUGGCUCUAGCGGUGCCGGCUCUGGUACUUCAGGUUCUGGCUCUGGUGGCUCUGGCAGUGUCUUCAGCGGUAACGCAAAGGCUUGCUGCUGUGACCCUAAGAUGAUCAAGCAGAGAGCUAUCAAGAGAGCAUUGCACAGAAAGCUUAAGCGUUCUGUGAAGAGAGCUUUGGCCAGCAACCCAGAGAUGGGAGAGGACAUGUUCUUGAACUACGCUUACGCCAAAGCGUAA